UCAGACGUACGCUGGUUGUAAACGGUAGAGCGACGGAAGAAGGAUGAGAAAGCUCUAGCGUAUGUGUUUGUUUUGUUUUUUUUUCCCCUCUCAUCAGUGUAAAGUAAAUCCGUCUUCAUCCUUUUUUAAACGCUUCGCUUCUAAAAAGAAAACAUCCGGAGCAUAAAUUCGACAUUUUAGUGUUCGUGUCGAGCCCGAAAUUGUGACGGUGCGACGCUCUGAAUGUUAGAAAACAAAUGGUGAAAAAUACUGGGAUCAUUAUCGAAGGGGCAUUAGCUUAGCGUUAGCUUAGCGUUAGCUUAGCGUUAGCUUAGCGUUAGCUUAGCGUUAGCUUAGCAUUAGCUUAGCAUUAGCACAGCUGUGAAGACAGACAGAGAGAGAGAAACAGACAGAAACACAGGCACGUAAUAUAGCCUUCGCGUAUUGUUGUUAUUCCUAUAUGCACAUUUUUAUUUUUUUUAUAUUUUUUGUCGAUCUAAAUAAACAAAUCAUUUAUUUUUCUUGCUACCGCUAGCUGUUUUGCUAGCUUUGUGAUUUAGUUAUUAUUUUACGAUGGAAUUGAGAGUCGGGAACAGAUACAGGCUCGGGAGGAAAAUCGGUUCGGGUUCCUUUGGAGACAUUUACUUGGGCACGGACAUCUCGGUCGGCGAAGAAGUCGCCAUCAAGCUAGAAUGCGUGAAGACGAAACACCCCCAGUUGCACAUCGAGAGCAAAAUCUACAAGAUGAUGCAAGGAGGAGUGGGGAUCCCGACAAUUAAAUGGUGCGGAGCUGAAGGAGAUUACAACGUGAUGGUGAUGGAGCUCCUUGGCCCCAGUCUGGAGGAUCUGUUCAACUUCUGCUCUCGCAAAUUCAGCCUCAAGACUGUUCUACUGCUGGCUGACCAGAUGAUCAGCCGUAUCGAAUACAUCCACUCGAAGAACUUCAUCCACAGAGACGUGAAGCCCGACAACUUCCUCAUGGGCCUUGGGAAGAAAGGCAACCUCGUUUACAUCAUCGACUUCGGCCUGGCCAAGAAGUACAGAGACGCUCGGACGCACCAGCACAUACCUUACCGAGAGAACAAGAACCUCACCGGCACGGCCCGCUACGCCUCCAUCAACACACAUCUGGGCAUAGAGCAGAGCAGAAGAGAUGACCUGGAGUCGCUCGGCUACGUGCUUAUGUACUUCAACCUCGGUUCUCUGCCCUGGCAAGGACUCAAGGCCGCAACCAAGAGGCAGAAAUACGAGCGUAUCAGCGAGAAGAAGAUGUCCACGCCCAUCGAAGUGCUGUGCAAAGGAUACCCGUCCGAGUUCGCCACGUACCUCAACUUCUGCCGCUCCUUACGCUUCGACGACAAGCCCGACUACUCCUACCUGCGACAGCUCUUCAGGAACCUCUUCCACAGACAGGGAUUCUCCUACGACUACGUCUUCGACUGGAACAUGCUGAAGUUUGGAGCCAACAGAGCGGCGGAGGACGCCGAGAGGGAGAGGAGGGACAGAGAGGAGCGUCUGAGACACAGCAGGAAUCCGGCAGCCAGAGGAAUGCCGUCAGCCUCCAGCAGACCCAGAGGGACGCAGGACGUAGCACCACCCGCUCCGCUCACACCCACCUCACACACAGGAAUGGAGCGUGAGAGGAAGGUCAGCAUGCGGUUACACCGCGGCGCUCCGGUGAACAUCUCCUCCUCCGACCUGACCGGCCGACAGGACACCUCACGAAUGUCCACAUCACAGAAUAGCAUUCCCUUCGAUCUCCAGGGCAAGUAGAGAGGCAGCAGCGGGCUCUGUCCCGCGUCACUCCGAGCGGCCUGCAGUCUGCUGUUCCUCGAUGAGCGUCUGCGCAGCCGCAGUCACCCUGAGCAAAUCAAAGCCACACACAGACUCGACUUUUCUUUUAUUUUCCUCAACACACUAACACAAACUGUCGCCGAUGGAGACGGAGACACACACACACACACACACACACACUCUCUCUCUCACACAGUCGCACUCGAAUCAAACAGCCGAGGCGUGUCGUCUCCACGUGCUUCUUCACUCUGUUUUACACAGCCCUCCGGAGUGGGCGGGGUUUUGGCUGAAGGGGGAGGGGUCUGGGCGGAGCCAUCAUGAGCAAAAAAAAAAACCCACAAAUCCACUCGGCUUCAGACGGAGCUGUUACUUACUGAUAGCCAUCGAGUUUGUGUUUCUCUGAACUGUUUAUGAUUUUAAAUUUUUUAAUCCUUUAUAUAUAUUUUUUUUCUCCUCUCGUUUAUUAACGAAGAUUAAACUCCACCAGCCGCAGGUGUGUCGAUUCACGUGAGACGACGUAUCGAAACGUUCUCACGAAACGAUCCAGGUGGACGAAAUCGUAGACGACAGAAAGCAUUAAUUACGUUUUUUUUUCCUUCUUUCGUUUUCUAAAGUGUAAUCUAUCUUUUUUAAAUUUUUUUUUUCGUGCAAACUUCGAGCUGUUGAUUACGUUUUUGAGACUUUAGGUCAGAUCUGUGGUGGGGAAUAAACCAGCGUUUGACUUGAUUAUAGACGUUUAUUUGUUGUGAGACGUGAAUAAAAUGAUCACAUCGCAGUCGCACCGGAAUUCAUUGACGUUUUGUGUUCGUCGUCGUCUUUUUAUUUUUUUUUUUCCCCUUCCCUCCUCCUUUCAUUCCCAGAAGCUGUGAAGUUCACAUUGCUGCAGUUCUCUCUCUCUCUCUCUCUCUCUCUCUCUCUCUCUCUCACAUGGAAGUGUGUUAAGUUUGGGAUCCGUGUCCACGUUGCGUGUUUGUCGUGUUAAAGGAUUAUAGCAUGUUGAUUUUGGUCUUUUUUUGGGAGGGUUUAAUGACUUAAGAGUCCAGGGAUCGAAUGCCGAUGAUGAUCUUUUAAGAGAGACAGAGACGUCCAGGGACACGUCGUCGAAGACGUCCACGGAGACGUCGUCGCCCUUUAAGCAAACUGUUUUUUUUUUUUUUCCUUUUUUUUUUAACCUUUUUGCUAUUUUAUUGGCUAAACGUUAAUCCAGGCUUUUUAGGAUAAAUUCCGGGCGAUGCUCUUGAGUUUUGUAGAAGGAAAGCAGCGGCUCUUCGGCGUAGUCGAGCGUCUAGGCGUUUCUCUGUAGGGGAGGGGAGGGGGGGGGUAGUAGUGCUGAGGAAACUCAUUCUGUUGUCAUGUAUAUAGGACGUUGUGUAGUUGAUCUCGAGGUACCUUUUCUCUCCCCCAGCUUUAGCCUCUUGUUUGGUUGGUCGUCUGGAUGUGUGUGUGUGUAGAGUGUGGGCCAGACUUUAGUGUUUAGAGGGACGAUAAGGACUUUGUUGCCCCCCCCUCCCCACUCCCCCCCUCUAAAAGUUAGUCUUUUUCUUCUAUUUGCUUCUAAAAGCGGCUCCCGUGCCGGUGCGAGCGAGAGCACACGUUGGGAUCGAGUGAUUCUGGGGUUCCUUUUUUUUUUUUUUUCUUUUCUUUUCUCUCUCUCUUUGUCUGAUUUCAUCAUCAUCACCCAAUCACCACACUGUGCUGUAUCUGAUGGAAUGAUGGGAAUCUUCCUGCUUGGGAAGGUUUAAAUUUUGUUUUUUUUUCCUCCCUCAUUUGUAUUGCCACUGUAUUUGUGUAUUUUAAAUCGUGUAAAUAAAUUAAUAAGUACUUGUA